CACUCUUAAAAUGUCAUAUUUAUUUUCAUGGUCUUGUUAAACAAACUUAUUGGUUCUUAGUAUUUGUACUAUGUGAAAUAAAUAUUCGAUAACGUUUAAAAAAAUAAUUAUGGACAGUAAAUAAAUAAUCAUAGUUUGCAGAACUGCACUUUUGUUUUAGAAUCGAGAUUUGUUGAUUCAACAGAAUCAGAAACUAAAGUGUAAACUGUAAGUGUGAAAAAGUUAUGUAUGAUGGACGAAUUAACUAAAGAAACUUCGGCUACGCCUCCACCCACUAAGUCAAAUAAGAAAAGCUUUGGAAAAUUACCAGAGGUUCCAGUUUUUAGACCAACCUUCGAAGAAUUUGCAGAUCCAAUGAGCUAUUUGAACAAAAUACGUCGUGAUGUUGAAAAAAUAGGACUUUGUAAAAUUAUCCCACCAUCAAAUUGGCAACCUCCGUUUGCAUUAGACAUCGAAAAAUUAAAAUUUAUACCACGUAUUCAACGCUUAAAUGAAUUAGAAGCAUCAACUCGUAUUAAAUUAAAUUUUUUAAAUAAACUGGCCACAUUUUGGGAAAUGCAAGGAUCAAAGCUAAAAGUACCAAUCGUUGAACAAAAUCCUUUAGAUUUAUACGAGUUACGUAAACUUGUACUGAACAAUGGGGGCUACUACAUAGUAACUUCGACCAAAAAAUGGGAUUUUAUUGCCUCAGAAUUGGAAUAUCCUGCAGAAAAGUGUGGGCAUGUUUUAAAGAGUCAUUAUAAUAAAAUCAUUUGCCCAUACGAUAUUUUUGAAUCUCGUAAAGAGAGUCAAAAAAAGGAUGAAACAAAAAAAGAUGACAGUGGUUAUGAAGAAAAUUCAUCAAAAUUCGAAAAUAAGGAAAUUGAAAUUGCUGAUCAACAAGAACAUCGAACUUUGUUUGAAUCAAAACCAGGUAAAUCUUGUAAAGAAUUACAACGACUACAAUUUCAUGGUGCUGGCCCAAAAAUGGCAGGUUUUAUUCAACCAUUUCAAAGUCGUAAGCGUAAAUCUUUGUCUACAGAGGAUCCACUAUUUGAAUACAUUUGCAAAUUUUGUAAGAAAAGAGAUUACGAUGAAGUCAUGUUGUUAUGUAACCAAUGUGAGGCUAGUUAUCACUUGUAUUGUUUGAAACCGCCCCUGUUACAUAUACCAGAGGGGGAAUGGUGUUGUAUCGAGUGUACUGCUAAUGCAAUAGAUAAAAAUAUGGAACCGUUUGGAUUCUUACAAGCGGAACGUGAAUAUACUUUACAACAAUUUGGCGAAAAGGCUGAAAAAUUUAAAUUCGAAUAUUUUAAAAUGCCCAUUCGUCAAAUUUCUAGUGAAAUGAUUGAGCAGAAGUACUGGGAUAUAAUGUCAUCUAUAGAUAGCGAAGUGACUGUAGAAUAUGGAGCUGACCUGCAUACUAUAGAUCACGGAUCUGCAUUUCCGACUAAAAAAUCAAUUAACUUGUGUGGGGAGGAUGUUGACUACGCUAACAGUCCUUGGAAUUUAAAUAAUAUACCAAUCAUCGAAGGCUCCGUAUUAAGUUAUUUAACGGGAGAUAUUUCUGGUAUAAAAUUACCAUGGAUGUAUGUAGGAAUGUUAUUUUCUACAUUUUGUUGGCAUAACGAAGAUCAUUGGACGUAUUCAAUUAAUUAUUUACAUUGGGGUGAAGCAAAAACGUGGUAUUGUGUACCCGGGGAAUAUGCGGAUAAAUUUGAGCAGACAUUUAUGUCAGUUGCUUCAGAAUUGUUUGAGGAACAACCGGAUUUGUUACACCAACUUGUAACUCAAAUGAAUCCACAUAUUUUAAUUGAAGCCGGUGUCCCAGUUCAUCGUAUUGAUCAGUAUCCUGGUGAAUUUGUGAUAACGUUUCCACGUGCAUAUCAUGCUGGAUUUAAUCAAGGUUAUAAUUUCGCUGAAGCUGUUAACUUCGCUCCGGCUGAAUGGUUAAAAAUGGGGCGGGAAUGUAUUCAGUAUUAUUCAUAUUAUAGACGAUUUUGUGUUUUUUCCCAUGAUGAACUUGUUUGUAAAAUGGCGGAAAAUGCAGAUAAAUUGAGUUUAACGAUUGCUGCUGUUACGUAUGAAGAUUUGAUAACUAUGGUUAAGAUUGAGAAAGAGUUUCGUAGACAAUUAUUGGUAUGGGGUGUAAAAAAAGUUGAACGUGUAUCAUUUGAGGUUCUUGCAGAUGAAAAUCGUCAAUGUUCGAUUUGUAAUACUACAUGUUUUUUAUCCGCAAUAACAUGUAAAUGUAAUUCAAAGAAAUUAGCGUGUUUUCGACAUUUUAAACUCCUUUGCGAUUGCCCACCGGAGGAUCAUAUUUUAAAAUAUCGUUACACUAUGGAUGAAUUACCCCAAUUAUUACAGAAUGUAAAAUGUAAAGCAGAAUCCUUUGAUCGAUGGGUUAAUAGAGUUCGCGACAUAUUAGUUUAUAAAAAAUUAUCAAUUAGUUUUAACGAUUUAAAAAAUUUAUAUUUAGAAGCAAUUUCAAAAAAAUUUCCAUUUUGUAAGUUAUUAGACAUACUCAAAAAUACAAUAGAUGUAGCUGAAAAAUGUAUUAAUUAUAUUGAAAAAAUAGACACUUUAUCAGGUCAAAUAACUGUAACAGAAUUAAAAUCUGUAUCGGAUGAAGUAACUCGAUUAUGUUCGUUACAAGAAGUGGAUAUACUAAACAAACGCAUAUCAGAAGCAGAAAAAUUCCAAUAUAAUGCAACAGUACUAUUAUCAAAAAGAUUGAAUGAAAAUGACCUUAUUAAUGAGCUUGAAAAUUGUGUUAAUUCGAGUACAUCAUUAUCAGUUGAUUUUAAUAUCAUCACCCAAUUAAAAGUUCGGUUACACAGUGUACAAUGGUGCAACGAAAUAUGUAAACGAAUUAAUGCGGGCGAAAAAAUGUCCAUAAAUAAUUUACAAUUUUAUAUUAAAACUGGUUCAAACUUGGAAAAAAAUGAGUUAACAUCCAAGAUCGUUGAAGAUUUGAAAUCUUUUCUCUCUCGAAGCAUGGAUUGGGAACAACGAGUUAAAGUGUGUUUAAAAUCAAAAACUUCUUUUCAGAAUUUGUCCCAGGAAAUGAAACUUUUAUUAAAGGAUAUGCAACAAAUUCCUGUAGAAUUACCAUCGCAGUGUGUUCUUCAAGAUACACAUAAAAUGGUGAUGGAUUGGUUUAAAUUAGCCUCAAAUGCUAUUCAGUUUUGUACAGCUUUCAAUUAUAAGAAAUUCAAUUUUCUCAGUUUGGAAACGAUUGUAAAACAAGGAAAAAAAUUGCCGGUUAAAUUCACAGAAAUGGAAAAUUUUGAAAAAGAUUACAAAGAAGCAUGUGAUUGGAAAAAACGAGUUCUUAAUUUGUUUGCAAAAGAUUCUACAAUGUCAGUAAAUCAGCUGGCUGAUUUAAUAUGCCCACGAUGUUUUGUAUUGCCCUUGUUAAUUUCAGGUGAACCGAAAACUGUAACAGCAAGUAAUAUUGUAUAUUCAUACAAUAGGGCACAACUAAUGGAAAUUGAAAAGAUGAAAAAGACUGAAAAGGAAAAUAUGAAAAAUAUUUCUAAUAGCUUGCAGGCAUUGAAAUUUUGUACAUGUAAUCGUUCCAAAUUUGGCAAAAUGAUACAGUGUGAUUUAUGUAAAAAUUUAUAUCACAUAACUUGUGUUAAAAAUUUUACAAAACCGUACUAUUUAUGUUCUAAUUGUAAACGAACUAAACGACCCACAAUAGCUUCAGUAGAAGCGCUACUAAAUGAUUUACAAAAAAUUGCUGUCCAUUUAGAUGAAGGUGAUAUGUUGGAAUGUUUUAUGAGACGUGUCUAUCAAUGGAAGAAACAAGUUGAAUAUUUUACUGAAAAAUUUAAUGAUUUACGUAAUUCAGACUAUACUACAUGUUCGUCAUUCUUAUCAAAUACAUUGCGCGAAGGUGAAUUACUUGAAGUUAGCGAUGUUCACGAUGAUAUUCUGAGAAUUCGCGAAUUAUUAAAAGCUUUCCAGCCAAUGCAAAAUUUGUAUAAUUUUGACAACGAAGUAAUUGAUUUAACUAUCGAUGAUGAAGAUAAAGAUGUCAGUAAUAGUUCUGGUAUUGAAAAUGUGGAAAUAGAUAAAAUGCCGGUAUCAAUAGAAUAUGUGGGUCCGCAUAUGAAAUGUAGGGCAAAAAAAUGUUUAAAGCCCAGAGAUGAGUAUGUGGAUUGGGUACAAUGUGAAGGUAGAUGUUUACAAUGGUAUCAUUUAUUAUGUUUAGGUUUAGUUAGCCAAGAUUUAAAGCCCGAUGUAGAGUAUAUUUGUCCGCAAUGUAUUUGUAAAAGGCGUUUAACUUUCUAAGGAAACAUCUACAAUUUAAUUUUUUGAAGAUCUAGAUGGGAAUAAAGGAAUGUAUUUAUUAAAGU